CAGUGUUCAAUGAGGAUUACCACCAGAGCGAGACCACGACCAUACCAUCCAAUUGGAGCCCGGCGCGCAACCGACGGUUCGGACACAGUGGCGGCUGAAUCAACCAGAGCUGGAGGAACUUCGACGCCAGCUGGAUUAUCUGCUCGAGAAGGGUUUCGUUCGCCCCAGUACUUCCCCGUUCGCAGCUCCGAUCCUAUUCACCCCGAAGAAAGAUGGCGUCUACGAAUUCUCGCUAUCCUAUUCCGCGCGCCGACGAACUCAUCGACCAACUUCGUGGGGCAAAGUUCUUUUUCGAAAAUUGACCUGCGAGGCGGUUACCACCAGAUCCGUGUCAACGAAGCUGACUGCUACAAGACGGCGUUCCGAACCCGAUACGGGAGUUACGAGUACACGGUCAUGCCUUUUGGCUUAACCAACGCACCUUCAACAUUCCAGUUAACCAUGAACGAAGUUUUUCGGCCGCUGCUGGAUAAAUGCGUCAUUGUGUACCUCGACGACAUCCUGAUCUACAGCACUACCCGGGAACAGCAUUUGAAGGAUUUGGAAGCAGUCUUCUCUCUUCUGCAGCAGCAUCGACUCAUCACCAAGGGUUCUAAGUGCGAGUUUCUGAAACAAGAACUGGAGUUUUUGGGCCACGUUAUCUCCAUCAACGGUGUUAAAAUCGACCCGAAAAAAAUCGCGACCAUCCAAGACUGGAAGCCGCCGGCUAAUCUUCGCGAACUUCAAAGUUUCCUGGGGUUUGUGAAUUACGUUCGACGGUUCAUCCCAAACAUGGCGGAGGUAACUUCCCCUCUCACGGAUCUUCUGAAAAAAGGCAAGUUUUAUGAGUGGGGGGGAGAGCAGCAGGCUGCGUUCGACCAACUCAAACUUUUCCUGACAACACCUCCGGUCCUUCGCAUUGCAGAUCCUCACCGUCCGUUCGAACUCAUCACCGACGCUAGCGACCUGGCUGUGGGCGCCGUACUGUUACAGGACUUCGGCGAAGGCCUUCAACCCAUCGCCUACGAGUCACGAAAGCUGAAUCCGGCCGAGCGAAAUUAUCCCGUCCACGACAAGGAGUUACUCGCCGUCCGUACCGCCGCUCUACUGAUACAGGAGGCACACGACUCGAAUUUCUCGGGUCACUACGGCAUCGACAAAACUGCCAAAUUACUGAGCCGCAAUUAUUACUGGCCCGAUUUAUCGACGGACGUGCAGCAGUACGUCACCUCCUGCGCCACGUGUCAACGCAUGAAGUCGUCACGACUUCGACGUGCGGGAUUACUGCAGCCGCUCGAGCCACCCAGCCGACCCUGGCAACAAGUGACGAUGGAUUUCGUCACUAGCCUGCCAGCUGGUCCAAGCGGUAAUGACGCGAUUCUCGUCGUCGUUGACCGUUUGACCAAAAUGGCACACUUCGCCGCCUGCAAGACGACAAUCACUGCCGAGCAGACAGCAAAGCUAUUUCUCACGAACAUCGUGCGACUACACGGCAUCCCUUCGGCCAUCAUCAGCGAUCGCGACACUCGGUUCACGUCCAAUUUCUGGACAAAAACCUGGCAGCAGUACGGCACACGUCUGCAUCUGUCCACGGCAUACCACCCGCAAUCGGACGGCCAGACUGAGCGCACCAAUCAGACGAUGGAACAGCUGCUUCAUACAACGUGCACAGACCCGUCCCAAUAGGAAGAUUCUCUUCCACUGAUCGAGUUUGC